AUGGCAGACGGCUCCAGGGACAUUAGCAGGCGGCGGAAUCCAGCGGACAAGCUCACCGAAGACCUCGUCGUCGAGAUCCUGUCGCGCGUGCCGUACAAGUCGCUGUGCCGGUUGAAGUGCGUCUCCAAGCGGUGGCGCGGCAUCAUCUCCCACCCCGACCACCGCAAGGCGCUGCCGCAGCACCAUCUCCAUGACCUCGCCGGAUUCCUCUACUCGAGCCGCGGCCCCGGCCCUGACUAUUUAUCAAUUCACAAUUUCAACCAUGUCUCGCCGGGAGGCCGCCCUCCUAUCCGCCCUACACUCCCCUUCCUGCCUGACUGCGAGCUAUUCGACCUUCUGGAUAGCUGCAACGGCCUGCUCCUCUGCCGCCGCUUCGAGACCGCUUAUUCGCGGGCAUUCGACUACGUGGUGUGCAAUCCUGCCACGGAGAAAUGGGUUGCUUUGCCCGGCUUCUUCAGCAAGAUGCAGGCAGCUCGCUUGGGGUUCGACCGGGCCGUGUCCUCGCACUUCCAUGUGUUCCAGUUCGUGGAGGAUGGGGCUGCAGAUGCAAAUGCCGAUACAGACGACGAUGAUGAUGGCGAUAGUUUUGGGCACGUCAGAGCGGUUGACAUCUACUCGUCCAAAACCGGGGCCUGGACUCACAAGGACAGCGGUUGGGACUUCCUACCUAGGAUAGUGAGUGAUUCUAGAAGUGUCUUUGUCAAUGGUUUUCUGCAUUUGCUCGCCAUCGAGUCUACGGUGGUGGCAAUGGAUGUGGAGGGAACUACUUGGAGGGCUAUUCCUAUGCCGGACGAUGAGGAUGCCCCCAUAAUAGAUGUUGAUGUCGGGUUCAUUGACCUGUCUCGAGGGCGUUUGUAUCUGGCAAAUAGUGAUCAGCAUGAUUUUGAUAAACUGUCGAUCUGGGUUCUCGAGGACUACGGCGGUGAAGCGUGGGUCUUGGAGCACAGUGUCAGGUAUGUGAAUCUAUUUGGAGUGAAGAAUGUCCGGCUGGGACACGAGUACCAUAUUGUCGCCCUCCACCCACAACGAAACACAAUUUUCCUAGUUUAUGGGCAGGAGAAGGUACUAAUGUCUUAUCAAAUGGAUACUGGGAAAGUGCAGUUCGUCCACGAUCUUGGACAGGGUUCCAUGGAGCCUUAUCUUCCUUAUGUUCCCUUGUACUCAGAGGCAUUGGCAGAUUGGCACUGA